UAUUCAUAAUUUGUUCUUAUUCUCAGGGAGUGCAACGCUACAAGCCAUUUUCUUUAACAGGUCUGCAAUUGGAGGGAUACUCUUGAAUCAUGCAGACUUUCAAAAGAUGUAUGAUCUAAGGUUGCUGUAUGUUUACAACUCUAGCCGUAACAAGUACUGCAAAGUAAAAGUUUCUCUUCCCCAUUCUCUUACUUAUCUUGACUUGGAGGGAUACCCUUUCAAAUCUUUGCCAUCAAAACUUUGUUCAGAAUAUCUUGUUGAGCUUCAAAUGCGCAACAGCCAAGUUGAACAACUUUGGAACGAGGGCCAGAAUCUUAGGAACUUAAAAGUGAUGGAUCUUGGUUUGUGUGAUCGUCUGAUUAAAGUCCCAGAUCUCUCUCAAAGUCCUAACAUUGAGCAUAUAGAUCUUUAUGGGUGUUUGUCUGGUUGACAUUCCUUCGUAUUUUCCAUGUCUCGACAAGCUUAGUUAUCUUAACCUGACAGACUGCACCACACUCAAAUAUGUUCCGGAGAUGCCAAGCAGUAUUGAGUACUUACAUUUAGAUAGCACUGCAAUAGAGGAAUUGCCUUCUUCAGUUUGGUCUCUUGAAAAAAUUCGGUGCUUGGAGCGUCCCAGGAAUAUACCAGUAUUAGACUUGAGUGGGGCAGCGACUACUUGCAAAAAUCUUGUGAGUCUCCCAAAGACCAUUUGUAAAUUAAAAUCUCUGAAUAGACUUGAUCUGAGUGGAACCACAAUAAAAAACCUACCUGCAAGCAUUGGUAAUAUGAAAUCUCUUGAGAAACUUGGUCUGAAUGGAACUGCAAUUGAAAGCGUACCUGCAAGCAUUGGAGAUUUGAAAUCUCUUGAGAAACUUGAUCUGAGUGGAACCACAAUUAAAAGCCUACCUGCAAGCAUUGGUAAUUUGAAAUCUCUUAAGAAACUUGAUCUGUGUGGAAGUGCAAUUGAAAGCCUACCUGCAAGCAUUGGUAAUU